CAGAGACGGCUUUCAACACGUAGAGAACUCUGGAAGACUUGUGACACCAACACUGAGACCGACGGGUCACUUACUGACUCAUCAUACUGUUGGCUGGGUCAUUUUUCCUUUCUAUUCAGUGAGGCAAAGAAGAUUCUGCCACAGCCAAGGAGUGAUGUCAACACUGGACCAGAAUGUCAGGACAGUGUGGGGCUAAAGGGUUAAUGGAAGAGGAGUAAAGCUGAAUUGCUUGAUUGCAGAACUGAGCACUCACAGAAGACUGACUCUUCUUCACUUGUGUGUCGUGUAGGUUUCAUCUCAGACAAGUCAUCUCCAGUGUGUUUUUUUCUGUCGUCUCAGACAUAGCCAUCUCCAGUGUGAAUCAGGACCAUGAAUGUUCUACCUAACCCCAUGACCAGGGCCCACCAGGAGCAGCCUCUCCCUCUCUGCUCCCAGGGGGCCCACCUCCAGGACUACUCCUCCAGGUGUCCUCUAGGGCUUGGUGCUGGUCAUGGGGGCAGGCUUAGGGCCAUGGGGGGGCCUCAGGGGCCCCAGAGACCAGGCAAGCCACCGCGGGAGCUGAGCCCCGAAGAGCAGCAGGAUCUAAGGAGGAAGAUCAACAGCCGGGAGAGGAAGAGGAUGCAGGACCUGAACGUCGCCAUGGACGCUCUGAGGGAGGUGAUGGUGCCUUACGCCUCCUCCUCUCCUUCCUCCUCGUCCUCCUCCCAGGGGCCACAUUCCCACCAGCAGCAGCCAGGGGCCCCACCUGGACGCAGGCUCUCCAAAAUCUCCACCUUGGUCCUGGCCCGUAACUACAUCCUCCUCCUGGGCUCGUCUCUGCAAGAGAUGCGCCGGCUCCUGGGGGAGGUGAGUGUUGGGGUGGGGGUUGGUGUGGGGGUGAACACGGGUCCUGUCCCCAGGCUGCUCCUGGCCGGGGGUUGGCCCCUCCUCACCGGCCCCAGUCAGCUUCUCCUCUCCCCAGAAUCUCUCCUGACCUCAGCCUCCUCCUCCUCCUCCUCCUCCUCCAAGUGUCCCCUGUUGCCUCCUGGCCACUUGGAGGGCCCCAUGGCCCCAGUGCAGUGGGGCUCAGCUGGGGCUCCUGGAGGGCCACUCUGCCCCUGUGUGGUGUGCAGGCUGCCCAGGUUCAGCCACCCCAGCCCUGGACCCAGGUUCCCCAAGUGA